AUGUCGUCCACCAAACCCUCCUCAUCCUACAAAGCUCAACAAGCUACCAUCGCUUCCAUGACACUCUGGGACAAACUGGACAUCAUACCCGUGAUUCUCACAGUUGUAACCAAAACCCUCCUAGCAGCUCUAACAUUCCCCUUCGUCAGCAAAACAUCCCGACCAAAGACCUACUACCGCCAUGUUCUCCUAACCGCUAUGAGGACUUUUACUGCGAGGACGAAUGUUAGGCAACAGCAUUACCUCUCCCCACCAACAGACGUAGCAUACACCACCUUCUGUAAGAAACACGGUUUAACGCCCCGAAGCGAGGUUCUCGAGGACGGGACGCGGGCUCACUGGAUCGGGGAGCCGGGGGCAGAGGGGUUGAUUGUUAAUUUUCAUGGAGGGGGAUACACCCUCCCCCCAACCCCCGGAAUGUUCCUCUUCAUCCACAACCUAAUCCAGCACCUCUCCGCACAAGGAAAAUCCGUCUCCUGCCUCUUCCUCUCCUACGACCUCUCCCCCACAGCCCCCUACCCCCGCCAACUCCAACAAGCCUCCGCUCUCCUCUCCCACAUCCUCACCACGCUCCACUACUCCCCGCACUCCAUCCUCCUAACCGGCGACUCGGCCGGCGCCAACCUCGCCCUAUCCCUACUAUCCCACCUCACGCAUCCACAUCCCGACCCUGCUAUCCCGCCGGUACAGAUGGAUGGUAGUUUGAAGGGAGUCGUGUUGACGAGUCCGUGGAUCAGUUUCGAGAUGAAUGCGGAGAGUUUUGAGAGGAAUGGGGGGAGGGAUGUAGUUUCUAUACAAGCAGGAACAACCUGGUCCACAGCCUUCCUCCGCUGUCCGUGGCCUCACUCCUCCGCCAUAGACGCCUAUAACCAACCGGGUGGCUCGCUCGUCUCGGCAUCGUGGUUCAAGGACUACCCCUCCGUGGUCGACGAGGUGCUGAUCGUGUGUGGAAGCGACGAGGUGCUUGUAGACGGGAUUACGGAUUUUCAGAGGAAGUUGAAGGAGGGGAUGGGGGAGGAGAGGGUGAGGUUUGUGGUUGGGGUGGAUGAGUAUCAUGAUGCGCCUAGUUUGGAUCUGGGUUUGGGGUAUAAGGAGAGCGAGGAAGGGGUGCAGGCUAGGGAGAUUAAGAGGUGGAUUGGGAGCAAGUUCUGA